GAGAUGGUGACAGAUGUGCAGCUGGCCAUAUUUGCCAACAUGCUGGGCGUCUCGCUCUUCCUGCUGGUGGUUCUCUAUCAUUACGUGGCCGUCAACAACCCCAAGAAACUGGAGUGAGGCUGUGAGAGAGACAGGAUGACGAGGACCAAGACCCGGACGCUCAAGCAGCCUGUACAUUUCCAUUUUGUAUGAAAAAGAUGUGAAUAAAUUGUCUCAAUAAUAAUCA